UACAAAAGUUUAAACAGGGCUCAACUCAGUUAUGAUUAUUUGCAUACAAACUCAACCACACAUGAGUUCUUGUUUGGUGCACUGGCAGAAUUACUGGACAAUGCGAGGGAUGCUUCUGCCACCAAGAUUAACAUAUUCACAAUUGAUGAUGAGUCAUUGAGGGGAGGUUUUAUGCUAUGCUUCCUUGAUGAUGGGCAGGGUAUGUCAAAUGAAGAUGCAGGCGACAUUAUAACUUUCGGAAAGUCUACGAAAAGAACACAGGAAUCACAGAUUGGUAUGUACGGAAAUGGAUUGAAAUCGGGUUCCAUGAGAAUAGGAAACGAUUUCAUCCUUUUCACUAAGAAAGGACCGACGAUGACGUGUGUCUUUUUGUCAAGGACAUUUCAUGAGGAAGAGGAAAUUGAUGAGGUCGUGGUGCCCAUGCCAUCAUUUGACGUCACUACGAGAAGACCACUACUGAGAAGUCCUAGGGAUAAGGAGAAGCACCAAUUAGAGAUGAAACUGAUAACAAAAUACUCUCCGUUCAAAAAUGAGGAUGACUUUCAAGCCAUGUUCAACAGGAUUGAAGGACCAUCUGGUACGCUGGUGAUAGUGUACAAUAUGAAGUUAUUGGAUAAUGGUAUAGCUGAGUUGGAUAUCAGAUCCAAUCCACACGACAUCAUUCUGUCUAACCCCGAAGGCUUAAUGCCAGAGAGAAAAUCAUUCAGAGCGUACACAUCUGUCUUGUAUGUUGACCCAAGAAUGAGAGUCUACAUACAAGGUAGCAAGAAGGUGCAGACAAAGAGACUGGCGAACAACUUGUACAAACCCCGUGUCUACAAGUACUCGUCUUCCAGGUUCAAACAUAGGUCCGAGAUGGAUCUAAAAAAAACCCAAGAAGAUGCUAAGAGUGCUGAGAAUAAAGCCAGGGAAGCGGAGAGCAAAGCCAGGUUGGUGAAUCUCGAGAUGAAGUUAGCCGCUUCAACAAACAAAGAUCAGAGGGCGGAGUUACGUAAGAUUCAGCAACAGGCAGCUGAAUACAGGAAGGAUGCCAUGCUUAAGAAGAUGGCAGCUGAGAGGAAACUAAAAUUAGUGAGAGAACCAAAGACCCUAAAUUUUGUAUUUGGAAUGAACAUAGACAACAGACAGCAGGAUGGAAUGUUCGUCUACAACUGCAGUCGCCUCAUUAAGAUGUACCAAAAAACUGGCCCGCAAGCCGAUGGUGGAGUGUUUUGCAGUGGAGUCGUGGGUUUCGUUGACGUGCCGUACUUGGUUCUCGAGCCGACCCACAACAAACAGGACUUUGCCGACGCCAAAGAGUACAGGCAUCUCUUGCAAGCCAUGGGAGAACAUAUGCUGCAGUAUUGGAAGGAUAUCAAUAUAGCUGAUCAGGGUGUUUCCAAAUUUUGGGAAAACUUCGGUUACAUAAGUUCAAACUGGAAAGAAAUGCCAUCCAUGGAUCAGAAGUUUGUGAGAAAGAGAGCAAUGCAGGUUCCAGUAGCCAUACAAUGUGACCUGUGCCUGAAAUGGAGAAUCUUACCAUUUUCAUCUAAUAAUUUGGGCAAAGUCUUUCCAGAUGAUUGGGUGUGCACUAUGAACCCUGACCCCUCCCAUAACAGAUGUUCUGCUCCAGAAGAAAAGUUAAAUAUGCCUGAAGGCGUUCUGAAGAAAGCUGCCAAGAGUAAGGAAGAUAAGGAG